UUGAAUAAACAAACCAUAAAAUGGCGUCGUCAGACCCGAAAGCAGCUUUGCUUAGUACCCAAACGGAAAAGCCAAAUCAUUACACAUACUUGAAGGAAUUUCGUGUGGAACAGUGCCCAUCGUUCCUGCAGCACAAAUGCAAUCAGCAUCGACCAUUCGUGUGCUUCAAUUGGCACUUUAUGAAUCAGAGACGCCGUCGGCCCGUACGUAGACGUGAUGGCUCAUUCAACUACAGUGCAGAUAAUUACUGCACCAAGUACGACGAAACUACCGGAAUUUGCCCAGAUGGAGAUGAUUGUCCAUUUUUGCACCGCACGGCCGGCGACACUGAAAGGCGAUAUCACCUGCGCUACUAUAAAACCUGUAUGUGCGUUCACGAUACUGAUGCACGUGGAUAUUGUGUCAAGAAUGGUCAUCACUGUGCGUUCGCCCAUGGAAUCCACGAUCAGCGCCCUCCGGUGUAUGACAUCAAAGAGCUGGAGGCAAUGCAAGCAGCCGAAGCUAGUGGUGAAUCGUUAAAUGGGCCCAACGUUCUAGACAAGGAGAGGAAUCUAAUGAAUGAAGAUCCAAAGUGGCAGGACACAAAUUACGUAUUGGCUAACUACAAGACAGAGCCAUGCAAGCGGCCGCCUAGACUUUGUCGGCAGGGUUAUGCUUGUCCACAGUAUCACAAUAGCAAGGACAAAAGACGCAGCCCGAGAAAGUAUAAGUACAGAUCCACACCAUGUCCAAGCGUAAAACAUGGUGAAGAGUGGGGUGAGCCAGCCAAUUGUGAAGCUGGUGACAAUUGUCAGUACUGUCACACACGCACUGAGCAGCAGUUUCAUCCAGAAAUUUACAAAUCGACCAAGUGUAAUGAUGUUCAGCAGGCUGGAUAUUGUCCUCGGUCCGUAUUCUGCGCUUUUGCUCAUGUCGAACCUUAUGUACUGACUGAAGAAAUAUCUUCUCGCGAUUUAGAUAGCCAAGCACUUGCUCUUAGCGAUAUGAUAUCUUCGGUUUUGCCUCCAGAUAGCGGUGGGGGAGGGGGAGGUCUUGGCUGCUCACUCAGUAAGAAGGACAAACACGAGCUAGCGGUGAGUGUUCUAAGCUAUCUGGACGGAGGACGGCAGGAGAAUCUACCAUUUGAACUUGAACCGCAGAAUUUUCACUCGUUCUUCCAGCUGCUGCAGAAUGGUAGCGCAGAAAGUAGCGAAUCGGCGAGCACCAGCAGUAUCGGCUCUAAUCAUAGUUCCCACAACAAAGCACCUGGUUCACAGCUACAACAAAAGCAUAAUAAUAGUAGUCUCCUAGGCGUCGUAACGACCGCCAACUGCAAUGGUGGCGGUAACGUCAGCAAUCAAGCCAACAACAGCCUCGGUAGCUUACAAUCAACGUUGUUCAGCAACGGCGGCACCGCUGCUAGCUCACUGCUGUCCAACAGCUUUCCGGACUUUACACCGGAGAUUCGGGCACAGAUGAUGGCUAUCGACAACGAUCUCACGAUGAGCCCACUAGAAAAGGAGCAACGGAAACGUAUGUGUUUGACAUUCAAUCUUAGGAAUAUUGCAUCUUCAUUGGAUGGAGGAGUUUAUGAUAUGACGCGACGUGAUACCAUUCAUGGACUAGACAAUUCAAUUUCAGCUGGAAUAGCAUCCUCUGGCUUACUAGCAAGUAGUUCAGCACCGGUCAACAUUCCCGGUUCACCCAUGGGAAAUUCAAUCUCUGGUCUUCUUCAAGGUACAUCGGCACCGGUCAACAUUCCUGGUAGUUCGAUGAGCAACAAUUUUAGUCCCUCAUCGCAUUCUAAUCUGUUCGGCAUGAACGAUAAUAUGUUCGGAAACAGCACAACACAUCACAUUGGCAGCAGCUCGGCGCCAAAACUGGCCACUUCCUUCGGUCACAGCGGCACCGAUAGUCUCUUCUUUCAGUCACACAUAAUUUCCCCCGUUCUGACCGGAGGCGACGGUGGUUUAUCAGCUAGUCCGGAACUUAGCCGAAUAUCGGAACUAAACUCGCUUAACAAUGAACUUAGUAACAAUAAUACGAACCUGUUGUUCGAUAAUCACAUGCAACAGGCUGUCGCCCAACAGCAACAACAGCAGCAGCAACAAGUUCAACAUCAGCAACAGGCGGCAGCGGUAGCAGCAAUCGCCGCUGCGGCGGCUAAGGGUUCCAAUUCCAAUCCGUAUUCAAUGUCACCACUGGUGGCAUCAGGAAUGGAACGGUUACGGGAUGAACUGGCCAACAAGAAUGCACAAAUGAUCAACUGGGAAGAGCAGGUGAUGCAAGCGUCUAACGCCUGCGAGGCGUGGAAGGCCCAGAUGGAAGAAAGCAACCGGAAGACCGUGCUAGCUGAACAACAACGAGAUGAAGCUUUAUCGCACGUCAAAGCUCUCAAGGAAAAGCUAGAACAAGUAAACAUAAGUAGCAACAGCACCGCUAACAUUCGUGCUAGUGAUCUUCGAGGAUUGCCCUUGACAAAAUUAAAAAACAUUCAGGCAAAAUUGCGCGCUGAAAUCGAAGAGGUAGAAAAGAUUCUCUAUCUUGAAACGGCAACCAAGUGCAUGAAGUGUGAGGAAAACAAUCGCUCGGUGACACUUGUCCCAUGCAAUCACUAUGUCCUGUGCGAUUCAUGCGCGGCGACACAGCGCGAGUGUCCCUACUGUCAAACGCCGGUCACAUCACAGGCGUAAAUUGGCCAAUCAA